AUGUCUUCCUCGAUUCCGACAACGGAGCACCGUUACUUCAAGCCCUCAGAGCAACUGUUGGGCCAAAGAGCUCGAGGUUCCAACCAAACUGAAGGAAACUACCGAGGCGACAUGAGUCUCCCUUCGAACACGGGAGCGGAUGUCAAGGAGGAGGACAAUACCAACCUGUGGAUUACAGGGCUCCCUGGGUCAAUCACCUACCAUGAACUUCUUGGUGCGAUUACCAAGACUGGAAGAAUCCGCUCGUCAGUAAUCAACCAACCCAAUGAAGGUACGGCUACCGCAGCCGCGUCGAUUAGCUUCUUUAAACGACAAGAAGCGGAAGUCCUAUACCAUGCCAUCGACGAAGGGAAACUAAUGAUAGGUGGUCAAUUUCCCCGAGUUAGAUGGAAUCGCAAUAGAGUUGCUGAGCCAAAAACUACCGAAUACGUCAGUCGUGUUCUACUAGUUGUAGGUGACUUACAAGUGGUUAAUCGGGAAUACUUGGAGCGUUUCUGGGCUGGGAAGUUUGUCUACGAUAUCGAUGAAGUGAUCAACCAUGGUACGACUACUGCCGAGGAUAGCGGCCCCCUUGGACGCCUUGAGUACCGAUUCGGUUCCUGGCGAGCCCAGGCUGCUAUGGCUGCCAAGUCACUAAACGAAGAGCUCGCCGGAUUCCUAAAAACGGAAUUUGGCAAGGAUCCUUGCGACGUAUAA